AUGGCGGCCGUUGGAGGCGGGGCCCCGCGAGCGGCGCCUCGCUCGCCCGAGGCUCCCCGGCCCGGUGUCCCUCACCUGCAGAGCCAAGACCCGCCGUCGCCCGGAGUGCUGCGGGCGCCGUGCGGGCAGCGGCAGCUGCGGGCUCCUCGUCUCGUACUAACAUGCUGCUUGCUGUUUGCUCUUUUUAUUUGAGAAACGUGACUUGUGACUGUAGCGCUGACGCUUCAAACAUUAUACGAGCAGCACGUGUGGAGACCCAGUGUUCAAACGCCACAGAGAGCAAUGCCUAUUCUGCACCAGUCAGUCAGGGCUAUGUUUUACCAGAAGGAAAAAUCAUGCCAAACACAGUCUUUGUUGGUGGAAUUGACUUAAGGAUGAAUGAAGCAGAAAUUCGGAGUGUCUUUGAACAAUAUGGUACUGUGAAGGAGGUGAAGGUCAUCACUGACAGAACUGGUGUUUCGAAGGGGUAUGGAUUUGUGUCUUUCCUGGACAAUGUGGAUGUUCAAAAGAUAGUUGAUUCACAAAUCAACUUCCAUGGUAAAAAGCUGAAACUGGGGCCAGCAAUCAGAAAACAACAGAACUUCAAUUCCUGUGUGUAUCCCAGACAAUUAGUUCUUGGUCCUCCUCCACCACAGUUCCAGAGUGUAUGGGGUAAUCAGGGUAUGGAGACGUACAUGCAGCCUCCAGCUGUCAUGAACCCAGUAACACCCUAUGUUCAGCCCUAUCCAUACAGUUCAUCACCAGCUGUACUGCUAAAGCAGCAAGUUCCCAUUGGGUAUCAACCAGCUUACAACUAUCAGGCUCAACCACAGUGGCUUCCUGGAGAGCAAAGAAAUUAUGUAAUACCUCCAACUCCGUACUUAAAAACUCCACAGGUGUAUGCUCCAGUAAACUAUCAUGCCACUGAGGAUGCAGGAUUUGUACAGAUGGAAUGUGCUGUUCCAGAGCCCACACAGUUGCCUAACAGCCCACAAAAGAAGUCUGUGGACAGGGGCAUGCAAACAGUAUUAUCCUGUCUGUCUAAUCCUGAGAACCAGCUGACAAAUGACUUUGUAUCACAAGACAACAAUGUAAAGGAGAAUAAGACAUUUCACUUGAGAAAAGGAAGGACAGUACACAAAAACAUUUGAUCAACAAAGACUUCAAAGUACCUAAAUUAAUGACCUAGAUGGUACUUCAGUUCAGUUAGCAUUACAGAGUGUAACAAUUUCUCCAAGAUACUUCAAGUAAUGCUUGUGGUCAUGUUCUACCUGUUUUGAUACUGUUGUUGUUGCUUGAAUAGUUUGAAGUUGUAAGAGUUGACAAACUUCAGUGUUACUGUUUGUGUGCUUCCCCUGAUAAGAGACUGGAAUGUUGGAGAGUUUUGUGUUUGCUGUAUGUGGAUUUUUCUCUGAGCUUUAAGGUACAGUUUGCAUAUUACACAUGUUUUUUUGUUAACUACAAUUUGACUCAUACUGACCACUUAACUCCUGCCGUUUAGAAAUGGAAGUAGUUAUUUGCCCAAGAGAAUGUAUUUUAAGACUGAACUCUUAAAUCAGUGCAAAAGAAGAUGAGAAGUUGUAACUGAGCUGAAGCCCUGUAAGUCCUGGUUGCCUUUAGACGACAUAAUCAAUGUGAUUAUGUUCAUUGAUGACAGUCUAUGUACCUGCAGUCUUGAAAAUCAGUAUUAUUUUUGGGUAAAUAAUGAAGGGAAUCCUGAAAUUUCAUGUAUGUAACUCAAAAUGCAAGGAUGUUAUCUGUAUUGGACACUCAGCCAAUACAAGUUUUUUUUACUUGAAAAGUCUUAGCAAUACCUGUAUUUUAAACUUCUGAGAAAACACUGCACUUAAAUAAGCCUUUGUUAUGUGAUGCAAACUGUUAAUCAAAGAAUGUGUAUGACUGUUUUAAUAAUCAUGUAGAUUUUAGGUGUGUAUUGUGAAACAGUGAAAUAAAUUUUUACUUUUCUUUGGUUUCCUAGA